AAUUUGUUUAUAAACAAAAAACAAACGAAUAUUAAAAAUACAAUCUUUGUAAAUAACAAAAAACAUGUCGGGGAAAUUAAAAAAAUAGCAAAACAAAGACAGAAAAGACAAAAAUAGACAUGCAAAAAAUGGGGCAAUUACUAGCAGACAGUGAAGAAAAAAAUUAAAUUUUAAAGAAAAAAUAUAAUCAAAACAGUUGCAAAUAAAAUAAAUUCGAAAUUAUAUGAAACUAACAAUAUAUAUAUGCAAAUAUGUCGAAUAUUAAAAGUGUUAAUUUUUAUGAUUUAUGUCGUAUCUGUACGACAACAACAGAACAAAAAAUUGAUAUUUUUUCACCGGAAGGCAAAACAAAAAAUUUAUGUGCUAAAAUUACUGAAUGUUUACCAUUAAAUGUGGACGAAAAGGAUCGUUUGCCAAAAGUUUUGUGUCAGCAAUGUAUACAGAAUCUGGAAACUUAUAUGGAAUUUCGCAAUAUUUGCCGCAAUUCUCAAAUCAUGUUAACAUCUUGCCUGAAUACAGCUUCGGCCCAGAAUGGUGGUAAAGUUUUGAUUAAAGAUGUUUUAUCGGCUACGGGUAGAAGUUUGAGUGUUACAAGUAAUGCGCCAAAUUCUAAUAAUAUAAACAAUACGGAACAAUUACCAACUACACAAUGUUUGAAUCAGUCAGUGGCAACAUCACAGCUUCAUACUCAGCAACAACAACAACAGCAGCAGCAACAACCGCAACAGCAGCAGCAACAACCGCAACAGCAGCAGCAACAAUUAUUUACAAUACAAGGAUCGAAUGUAAUGGCUCAUUCAGUAGUAAAUCCAUUGACCCUAUCAGCUGCGGGUACUAUGCAAAAUCAAGAUUUUCUUAAUUCUAUAAUGCAAGCUGUUGGUAUUCAGAAUGAUCAGGCUAAAGUUGAAAAACCUCAAACGAUACCACAAUAUACCAUAACCGUCGAUAAUAGUGGACAACAGCAACAAUCACAACAAAUAAAUUCCCAACCUAGUACACCAAAUAAAGAUAAUGAGAUGAAAAAUAAUGCUUUGGAGGAAUUUUUAAAGAUUAAGCCCAAUAUAAAAAUAACACCAACAAGUAAAAAGCAACAACAGCUGCAGCAGCAACAGCAACAACAACAGCAGCAACAACAACAGGAGGAACAACUAGCACGCGAGGAACAGCAGCAGCAAAAUUUGCAACAACAGCAGCAAGAAUUUCAGCAACAGCAAAUCCAACAACAGCAGUUGCAACAACAACAAGAACAACAACAACAGCAACAACACCAACAGCAGCAACAACAGCAGUUAGUACAAUUUCAACUACAACAACUUAUUCAACAACAAUUACAGCAACAACAGCUGCAACAACAAUUACAACUAUUGACAUCACAAUUACAACCGCAACAAAUCACAAUAACAGCACCCACACUACAACAGCAACAACAAGCGCUGCCACAACAGCUCCAUCUAUUACAAUCGACUUCUUUAACAGCGGACAAUAAACUAAAUGACAACAAUAACGAUGACUUAAGUCCAUCGAAAAAUAAAAAGCCUAAAUUAAAUUUUGUGCUUACACCGCCAAAUCACGCAACAACAACUACUAUACCUCAACUAACAACCGUGGCCACAACACCAAAUACUACACAAACGCAUCAACAACAAGCAACAACAACACCUCAAAUACAAUUACAAUUUCAGCCCACCUUAACACCACAAACUACAUUACAACUUCAACAGACACAUCAGCAGCAACAACAAAAUCAAAAUGCUGCCACAGCGGCGUUGCUUUCGAAUUUAGCUCCAUUACUGCAACCUCAGACCCAGUUAAAUGUCGCCUUACAAACGCAAGCUUUGGCCAAUGUUGCAGCACAUAAUAGUGGAGGAAACAUGCUAUCACCUAAUAAAUGUUUUCUGCCCAUAACGAUUAAGGAUGAAAAUACCGAUCAGCAGUUUGUGGCUCAUAUUGAUGCUAAAAAUUUCCUUUUACCAACCACUUAUCAAUUGCAAAUGAAGUUACAACCUCAAAUAGCAACAGCCGAUGGUCAACCCAUAAUGCAACUAGCACCUACUUCAAUACCAGCAACCUUGCAAUUUGCUCCACAAGCAUUAAAUGCGAAUCAAACAUUCCAAACAUCUGCAGCAGUGGCGAGCUUUAAUAACAAUUCCAACUUUUCAACACAAUUAAUUCAGCAGCAACAACCACAACAGCAACAAUCACAAACCAUAAACACACAACAACAGCAGCAGGUACUGCCACAGAUAGUUAACACUCAAGCACAAACACAACAGCAACAAAUAACAACACAAACACAGCAACCUGCGCCCUCACAAACACAACCACAAACAUUGCAAAUAACUCAGUUACCAAAAAGUGUACAAAUAACCUCCCAACAAGUACUUACAACUGGAGAUAAAACUCCUAAAAAACCAACAGCAACAAUAAAUAUAACAGAAAAAACAUCAACCACCAAUGAAACUGAAAAACAAUUACCAAAAAUACCAACAACAACAACUACAACUGUUGGGCAAGUCGGUGGAGAACUGCAAAAAGUAAUAAAACAGCAAAAGUAUAAAAUAUCACAACAUCCGGGUAGUAAUACAAUUGAGAUAACACCCACCACCAGUUUUACCCAACAGAUAAUGCAACAAGUUCAGCAACAACAGCAGCUGAAACAAAAAUUAAAUCAACAACAAAAUCCGGUGGAACCCAAUACAUUAACCACACAACUGGGUGGUAUAACAGUACAGCGUAUAACAACUAAAUUAAAUUCCACUGCAACAACGACAACAACAACAAACACAGGAAACUUUGCUAAAGAUCAUCUUAGACAUUCCACUAGACAAGCUACCAUAACACCAUUAAAUCAGCAAACUCAACAGCAGCAGCAACAACCACAACAGACAGAGUCACCUUUACCUAAACUACCAAUGUUAAAUAAACAAAAUAUAACCAUAAGUCGCAUAACACCACAACAACAACAACAACAGCAGCAGACAAAACUUCAAAAUGCUACACAGCCGCAAAAAACACAAAUUGGUAAUACUACAUUAAAAGUUGUGGCGCAACAAACAAAAUCACAACUUACAACACCCACUCUGCAAAUAACAACACCAACUGCGCAACAACAGAAGCAACAAACAUUGCCUACUAGAACCAUAACACAACAACAAGCAGUAAAAUCCAGCACCCAGCAACAGCAGCCUCAGAUUAUAUCCAACAUACCCAAUACUACACUAAGAAUCUCUCCAGUUAAGAAAUUUAUUAAAAAAACACCAGCAAAACCUAAUCCCAUGGAAACUAGUCGCUCUACCAACACCACCGUCACAACAUUAAACACAAAUAUAAAUCAAGGGCAAUCGCUGCAAACUACCAAUAACAUAAACUCUCAAAAUAACACUGCAACAACGACGACCAUAACAACAACAACAGGAUCUCCCACAACACAAGUACAUUAUGUCACUGAUAUAACUUCUAUACUUCCAACAGCAACAACAAAUGAAAAUAAUGCACCAUCAUCUACAAUCAAUAACAUACCAACAAUGACAACACAAUCUAACACUGACACCACUACUAACAAUACAACACAUACGUCUAACUCUGAUCAGGCUAAAAAUAGUUUAGAAUGUAGCCAAUGUGGCCGGGUAUUUAAGAAAAAGGAACAUCUUACGCAACAUGUUAAAUUGCAUUCCGGCAUUAGACCCUUUAAGUGUAACGAAGAGGGCUGUACGAAAGCAUUUCAUCGUAAGGAACAUUUGUUGCGUCAUAUAGUUUCGCAUACGGGCAAGAAAAUGUUUAGUUGUGAUAUUUGUCAGAAACCAUUUUCACGAAAGGAUAAUUUAAGUAAACACAGGAAAAUCCAUACGGACCCCAAUCCCAAUCAUUAUGUGUGUGAAUUUUGUAGUAAAGUAUUUGCUGUUAAAGCCUAUUAUGAUCAACAUAAACUAUUGCAUCAAACUAAAGCUAUAAACGAAGAGGAUCUUGAGACUGUAAACGAAACAACUGCAACAACAAAAGAAACAAAUCAAAAUACCGAUAAUAAUAGUAGUAAUAAUAAUGACACAAACUCAAAUCAAAUAGAAUAUCAAACACCAAUACAGCAACAGCAAAAAACGACAAAAUCAACACAACAAAUUAUACAACAGGAACAGCAGCAACAGCAACAAACUCAACAGCGACAGGAAUUACAAAUGGUACAACAACAGCUACAGCAAUUACAACGUCAAAAUCAAAAUACCAAUCAAACACAAAACCAGCAAAUAAUGCAUCUUCAAUUACCCACCUCGAUUGUUACCACACAAGAUCUGGCCGGUAAUACAAUAACCAUAACACAAGCAAAUGAUCCUCAAGCAAAUGCUUUAAAAACACUUACACUUAGUGCUAAUAACGGUGGCAUAACAAACUCAUCUAGUGGUAAUCAUCAUGAUGCCACUGUUUUAAAUUUACCCACAUCUUUAGCGAAUUUUGUGCAAUUAUCACAAGCUCAAUUUGUAAAUGCAACAACUGGUCAAAUAAUGGGUCAUCUUAAGAUUGAAAAAUGAUCAUCGUCGGUAGUGUAUAAAAAUGCUUAGUGUGAACAAGAACACAGUUUAUAUGUAUUAUAAAUAUUUCAUACAAAUGGAUGUAGAACGUGUACUUUUUGUUUGUUUUAAAGUUGUAAGUAAUUUCUUUUUUUAUAGUUUUUUAUUUAUUAUUAUUUUUUUUUUAAUUUUUUGCAUGUCCAAUUUGUAGAUUUUAGAAUUAGGUUUGUAGUUUAUUUAAAAAAUUUCUAAUAUUUAAGUGCAAAACACAAAAUAUUUUUAUAGAUUAAACAAACUCUUGUAAACGUUUUCUUUUUGUUUCUACAUUGUUUUCUACAUUUUAUUGAUAUUACUAUUAUUAUUUAUUUGUAAAUAUUUUUACAAUUUUAUAUGUGUACACAUGUGUUGUAUAUCACAACAGCCAUAAUGUUCCAGUGUUUUUUUUAUUAAGAAAUCUAUUCGUUGAUUUCAUACAUAAAUAUUUAAAAUGAAA